CAACCACUAGUAGGGCCCCUCUUGUGGCCUUCCUUUGUUUGUCUUCUUCCUCGAUUUUCCCCUAACUAGAGAGAAAAAUCAAUGGCUAUACAGUUCCAUUUCUACCAAAUAUUCUUGUUUUUUCUCUUCAAAUUAAUUUAAUGGAGGCAACUUCAACUGCAACUGCGCUUCGUCGUCUUUCUCUUAUCUCUUCCCAUUUUCGUACUCAUUGCUCGUCUCUUCAAGUCUCGGCAUUCAAUUGCAGCUCCACCGAUGGUGAAAAUCAUGAAAAUGGGUGUGUUUUCUGUAUGAUUGUUCGAGGUGAAGCACCUGCUUUAAAGGUCUAUGAGGAUGAUGUAUGCCUCUGCAUUUUGGAUGCAAACCCAUUGUGUUUUGGGCACUCGCUUGUCAUCCCAAAGUCUCAUUUUACUUCUUUGCAAGAAACUCCAUCAUCAGUUGUGGCUGCCAUGAGUUCAAAAUUGCCCUUGAUUAGCAGUGCAGUCAUGAAAGCCACUGGUUGUGAUUCAUUCAACUUGUUAGUUAACAACGGGGCAGCAGCUGGCCAGGUUAUAUAUCACACCCAUAUUCAUAUAAUUCCUCGUAAAGCAAGCGAUUGCCUCUGGACUUCUGAGACCUUAAGUAGAUGUCCGCUGAAGUCAGACGAGGCUCAGAAACUUGCAGAUGGUAUUAGAGAAAACUUAUCAAUUUCGAACAACAUUGAAGAUAGUAAGGGGCAAGGAUCAAGUCUCAUUGUAAACUAGGGAUGUACAUGUUCUGUCGUUCAGAUCGAGGUAUGCAUACACACAUGCAAAAAAAGAAAAGACGUGUACAUAUCAUGCAACAAUCACUGAUUCUGAAUUCACCGACUCUAGAUUUUGAAUUUGCCUCUGUUGUAAACUAUUGUGAAAACAUGAGCAUACGAGAUGUAUUUUCGACCUGUUGUUCCAUUUGUUUUCUGAUUCAGUUGCUGCAGGACUGAUGAAAUGAGCUGCAUUUGUUGUAAAUUAGCUUGUGAACUUCUAGUGAGUGUAUAUGAGCAAUCUUUGUUCUUCUUCAUAUCUAUGA